AAUGCUGAACUGGCGUAACAAUACUUAAAGUGAGAAGACCUACAAAUACUCAGUUCAAGCAAGAAAAAAAAUCUAAUCGCAGUUCUUUGAUUAGGUUGAGUUUAUUUUUGAAGCUGAAAAUGACGGGACGUGCAAGAGCACGAUCAAGGGGCCGAGCUCGUGGUCAGGAGACUGGGCCACCUGGAGUGACCCCUUCCCAGGAGGCACCUCGAGAAGUUUCGCCCUCUGAGGUUGAGCUUGUUGGCCGAGGAAGAACUAGAAGUGUGCCAGGUGUUGUGUCCUCAGAAGCUGUCAUUCAGAUAUCUGCAGGAUUUCAACAAGUGAAAAUUGGAGAAAGAGGUGGAAGACGACGUGACUUUCAUGAUGAAGGAAUCAACACCAGGCAGGCCAUGGAACACGUGAAGGACUCCAAGACUGGUAUCUCUGGCUCCCCUAUUGAUCUGAAAGCCAACUUUUUCAAGAUUCUGUCCCGCCCUCAGUGGGUGCUGUACCAGUACCACGUGGACUUCAAGCCGGUCAUGGAGUCACGCCGCCUGCGUUCUGCCCUCCUGUUUCAGCACGAGGAGACGCUAGGCAAAGCUCGCACCUUUGAUGGAGCCAUCCUCUUUCUGCCUCACAGACUGCACAAUUCGGAGACUGUGCUGUACAGUGAGACCAGAAUGGGGGAGAAAGUCCAGAUUACUGUGACUCUGACCAAUGAGCUCCCACCCACUUCUCCGGUGUGCCUGCAGUUCUACAACAUUAUCUUCAGACGAGUGUUAAGGAUGCUGAACAUGCAGCAGAUUGGACGCCACUACUACAAUCCAACAGACCCACUGAAUAUCCCCCAGCACAGGCUCACCAUCUGGCCUGGGUUCACCACCACCAUCCUCCAGUAUGAGUCCAGUAUCAUGCUUUGCACAGAUGUGAGCCACAAGGUCCUGCGAAGUGAGACUGUGCUCAGCUUCAUGUUGGAACUCCGGCAUCGGACUGGAGAACAAGGCUUCACAGCAGCAUGCACCAAGGAACUGGUGGGACUCAUUGUCCUCACCAAGUACAACAACAAAACCUACAGGAUUGAUGACAUUGCAUGGGACUACACUCCCAACAACACAUUCAAGAGAGGCGACUCUGAGAUCUCUUUUAAGGAUUACUACAAAACGCAAUACAGCCUGGACAUAUCAGACGACCACCAAGUUCUUCUCGUCAGCAAUGUUAAGAAGGCGGGUCCUUCUGGAAGACCUCCCCCAGGACCUGCCUUGCUUGUCCCAGAGUUCUGCUACCUCACAGGCUUGACUGAUAAGAUGCGUGCUGAUUUCAACAUCAUGAAGGAUCUGUCCACCCACACCCGACUUACCCCAGAGCAGAGGGAGGGGCGGCUCAACCGCUUUGUCGGGAACAUUCACCGGAACGCUAAUGCCCAGGCGGAGCUGACUACCUGGGGGCUCAACUUCGACAACAAACUCCUGUCCCUUAAAGGUCGAGUCCUCCCUGCAGAGAGGAUUUUGCAGGGACCCACAACGUACGAGUACAACCCCUGGCAAGCAGACUGGUCCAAGGAGAUGAGAGGCAUCCCCCUGAUUAGCUGCCGGCCGCUGGAAAACUGGAUUAUGCUGUUCACCCCUAGAAAUGUUGAUGUGGCCCAGGCUCUGCUGCAGACCCUCAACAGGGUGUCUAAGCCCCUGGGAAUUCCUAUGCAGAAGGCCCGCAUGCUGCAGUAUGAGGAUCGCCAGGAGUCUCUGCUCAAGGCCCUGCAGCAGAAUGUUAAUCCAGCAACCCAGAUGGUGGUGGUGGUCCUCCCAAGCAACCGUAAGGACAAGUACGACAGUGUAAAGAAGUACCUAUGUGUGGAUUGUCCCACACCCAGCCAGUGUGUGGUGGCCCGUACACUCUCUAGACAGCAGGCCCUCAUGACUGUAGCCACAAAGAUUGCUUUGCAGAUGAACUGCAAGAUGGGAGGAGAGCUGUGGAGUGUGGACAUCCCACUAAAGCAGCUGAUGAUUGUAGGCAUUGACUGCUACCAUGACACAGCAGCUGGAAAGCGGUCCAUUGGAGCUCUGGUGGCCAGUCUCAACCAUGGCAUGUCCAGAUGGUUUUCAAAGUGUGUGCUGCAGAGCCGUGGACAGGAAAUCAUGGAUGGACUCAAGGGGGCACUGCAAGGGGCCCUGAAAGCGUGGUUGAAACACAACAAAUGCCUGCCGUCACGUAUCAUUGUGUACCGAGAUGGGGUGGGAGAUGGAAUGCUGCAGAGUGUGGUCAACUACGAAGUGCCACAGAUCAUGGGCUGCAUCAAGUCCAUGGAGCAAAAAUAUGAGCCCAAACUCACUGUGGUGGUUGUGAAAAAGCGCAUCAGUUCAAGGUUCUUUGCCCGCAUCGAUGGCAAGCUUACCAACCCUCCCCCAGGAACAUGUAUCGACACUGAGGUCACCCGCCCUGAAUGGUAUGACUUUUUUAUCGUUAGCCAGGCUGUCCGCAUGGGCAGUGUCUCUCCCACCCAUUACAACGUGGUGUACGACAGCAGUGGACUGAAGCCUGACCACAUGCAGCGACUGACCUACAAACUGUGUCACAUGUACUACAACUGGCAGGGGAUCAUUCGUGUGCCUGCACCCUGUCAGUAUGCCCACAAACUGGCCUUCCUGGUGGGCCAGAGCAUCCACAGAGAGCCCAACACAAACCUUGAUGACUUCCUUUACUACCUGUAAAAGCUUCUCAAACUUCUCCUUGGAAACUAACUGAUCCAUGUAUUUGAACUGUUCUAGUGCUGCACACCUGCUUUGACUUGUCUGUUAAUAAUUAGUCCCUUGAUUAGUGAGUUAGGUGUGCUACUUCAGGGCUAUAGGACACAAUAUGGAAUGUCUGGAGGUCCCUGAAGAGGGAUUUGAGAAAUGCUGCAGUAUGAGGACUGGAGCUACAUUAAAGAACAUUGGACAACAGUUUCCUUGAAACAGUUUUAAUUUUGUAAUUUAAGUUGGUAGUUUUAAUUUUGUUUUAGAAACAAAUUGAUUUUACUUUGAGGUUAAGUUAUUUGUAUACUUGUAUACUUGAAGUGUGAAACCAGAAUAGUUUUAUUUUGUAAAAUGUCGCCAAUUUGUUUCAUUCCUGUUUUAUGCGUUUUGGAUUAUAUACUUUUGUAGAUGCUUGUUGCAAUGUUAUGUGACAAAUUUAAGUGUGGCAUGGUCUAACAAUGAUUAAGUUGCAGAAUAAGUUUUGAAGUUUGCUACCUUGCUGUUACCUUGACUGUUCUCCUUUUGUUAACUCACAAUUCAAAUACUUUUAUUGACAGGGAAUUAUAUAUUUUGUUUACAUUUUGGUGCAAAGUUAGACUUGUUUAAUAAAAAUGCAGUUGUACUGUAGAAUUGUUCAAACAAACAGCGUGCAUUAAAUGUGUUUGUUACUUUU